UAAUCAUAAUUGUAAAAAAAAUAUAACUUGGAUUGCCCAGAUUAUUUUACUCUCCUCCUUUUAUAUAUACACUUACAUUCCAUAGAUAUAACACCCCAAUAGUCUAGCUAUCUCAUCCGUUUUCUAUAGCAUCACAUUUUAUCUUUAAGAAAAUGUGUGUUGAGUUUAAGAAAUGGCUGAUUGCAGUGUGCAUGGUCACUGUGCUAUGCUUUUACAGUGAAACUAAUGCUCAACCUCAAGUUCCAUGUUACUUUAUUUUCGGAGAUUCUUUGGUGGACAAUGGAAAUAACAAUGCAAUUGCGUCGUUGGCUAGAGCUAACUAUUAUCCUUAUGGUGUCGAUUUUCCUGAGGGGCCAACAGGAAGGUUUUGUAAUGGUAAAACUACGGUUGAUGUCAUUGCUGAGCUGUUAGGGUUCGAUGAUUACAUCACACCUUAUUCACAAGCAAGGGGUCAAGACAUACUCAGGGGUGUGAAUUACGCGUCUGCAGCUGCUGGAAUCAGAGAAGAAACGGGGCAGCAGCUGGGUGGCCGUAUUAGUUUCAGUGGGCAAGUAAAUAAUUACAAAAACACUGUAUCCCAAGUGGUAAAUUUACUCGGAGAUGAAGACGAGGCAGCCAAUUAUCUGAGCAAGUGCAUAUACUCAAUCGGACUGGGCAGCAAUGACUAUCUUAACAACUAUUUUAUGCCCACAAUUUACUCUACUAGCCGCAGAUACACUAUUCAACAAUAUGCAGAUGUUCUUCUCCAGCAAUAUAGGCAACAACUGGUGACAUUGUAUAAUUAUGGAGCAAGAAAAUUCGCGUUGGUUGGAUUAGGCCAGAUCGGGUGUAGCCCGAAUGAACUGGCGCAGAACAGCCCUGACGGGACAACAUGUGUACAAAGAAUAAAUCUCGCGAAUCGGAUCUUCAACAAUGGACUUAGAUCACUAGUGAAUGUUCUCAACCGAAACCAACCUGAUUCAAGAUUUACUUUUAUCAAUCCUUACGGGAUGUUCCAGGACAUAAUUGCUCGUCCUGCAUUUUUCGGUUUCAGCAAUACGAAUUCAGGGUGUUGCGGUAUAGGAAGAAAUAAUGGGCAAAUUACAUGUCUUCCGCUACAAAGUCCGUGUGCUAACAGGGAUGAAUAUUUAUUCUGGGAUGCUUUUCAUCCUACUGAAGCAGCUAAUGUGAUCAUAGGGAGGAGAUCAUAUGCUGCAGAGUCUGCAACCGAUGCGUAUCCGUACGAUAUCCGCCAUCUAGCUCAGCUCUGAUGAGAUUUGUCAAGAAUGCUUAUCUGAAUUAUAUUGCAGGUGGAAGUUAUAUAUAUUUAGGUGUGAAUGUUAAACAUAUACUUAUGAAUUAUGAUUAUGUAUGCUUUGCAUUGUUUUAGAAGUGUGAUUAAAUGUGUCGUUGGCUUUAUAAUUUUUUUUCUUUUGA